GGGAAACUUAGCCCACGACCGCAUCUUGCAUUCUGAACUGGCAUAACACCUAGAGUAGUGGGAUCAGUUCCAAUUUAUGGACAUCUCCAACCUCGCCCCAUUCCAGCAGACCGGCAUGGCCGAUGAGAACAGGGCCUUUGUGCCACUCGAGAAUAACCCAGAAGUGAUGACAACACUGGUUCAACAGCUAGGUCUAUCGCCCAAGCUACAGUUCCACGACGUCUGGUCACUGACGGACCCUUCUUUACUGGCAUUCCUCCCACGGCCAGCCUAUGCCCUCCUCCUCGUCUUCCCCAUUACAUCCACGUACGAGAAAUUCCGAGAAGAAGAAGACGCCACACGAGAGGAAUACACUGGCUUCGGGCCCAACGAACCCGUCGUCUGGUUUAAACAGACCAUUCACAAUGCCUGCGGCCUGAUCGGUCUGCUACAUGCGGUGACGAAUGGAGAGGUUGUCAACUUUAUCGAUCCAGGUUCCUCGUUGAAAGGUCUGCUUGACCAGGCAAACAACUUGGCUCCGACCCAGCGUGCAGAUCUUUUAUAUAACAGUCAGGCAUUGGAGGCCGCUCACGCCACCGCUGCGGCCAUGGGCGAUACACAGGCUCCAGAUGCUUCAGAGGAUGUAGACUUGCAUUUUGUCGCAUUUAUCAAGGAUGCAAACGGCGGUUUGUGGGAGAUGGAUGGGAGGAGAAAAGGUCCCUUGUUCAGAGGCACUCUGGCAGAAGGCGAGGAUGUCUUGAGUGAACAUGGUCAAGAAUUGGGUGUGGGGGCAUUCUUGAAGAGAGAGGAAGAGGCUGGUGGACGUGAACUGAGGUUCAGUGUGGUCAUGUUGGGACCGAGUUUCGACGAGUGAACCACAAAGUCGAAAACAAGCACACCAGAAGCAACGAAAUCAUGGGCGGUGAGGUCACCGUACUUGACCACUGACGUAGGGUCAGUCGGUCGGUACUAGGUAUGAGGAGAUUGAGGAUUCGGGGUUUAGGGAUGCGGGAUGGGAGGGAACAUUCAUAUCUUCAAGGAAGGUCAUCUACGAUUUCCAUGAUGAUGAUACCGAAAUGAGACCAUGAGACCACGACGAAUUUCUGUCCGGGAGGAAACGAAACGGGAAAGAUACCGAUGAAACCAAUGAAACACACCCAACCAAC